AAAAAAAAAGAGGCAGCGAUAUUGUUACGCAUCAUCAAUCGUUUCAUCGUAUCAGAAGCCACGAACUAACAGUUGAAUAAAUCUAUCUCCUCUACAAACGAAUUCGAGAUCUAACGUUUCGUCCCUUAAUUCUCUCAGAUCUGCGCCGUCUUGCUGAUUGGAUCUUACAUUUCUUCGACCGUUGUUAUCUUUCUUUUUGUUAGAUCCGCGAUGGAUUUCAUGAAGGUCUUCGAUCAGACUGUUCGCGAAAUAAAGAGGGAGGUGAAUCUAAAGGUGUUGAAGGUUCCGGAGAUCGAGCAGAAGGUACUGGAUGCAACGGAUGAUGAACCAUGGGGUCCUCAUGGCACUGCAUUGGCAGAAAUAGCGCAGGCCACAAAGAAAAUCACUGAAUGUCAGAUGGUUAUGAAUGUUCUAUGGACAAGACUGGUUGAGACUGGAAAAGACUGGCGCUAUGUCUAUAAGGCAUUGGCUGUUAUAGAGUAUUUGAUUUCUCAUGGAUCUGAGCGUGCUGUUGAUGACAUAAUAGAACACACUUUCCAGAUCUCUUCCCUCACAAGCUUUGAAUAUACUGAGCCAAGUGGGAAAGAUAUGGGAAUCAAUAUCCGGAAGAAAGCAGAAACUAUAGUGGGCAUUUUGAAUAAUAAAGAAAAAAUACAAGAAGCUAGAAAUAAAGCUGCUGCAAACCGUGACAAAUAUGUUGGCCUGUCAUCUAGUGGCAUAACUUAUAAGUCUGGUGCAUCCUCAUAUAGUAGUGGUGGCUUCCAUGGUGGGGAUAGGUAUGGAGGCCUAAGCGACACAAGAGAAAGUGAAAGCUAUAGAGACAGUUAUAAAGAGAGGGACCGAUAUGGAGAAGAAAAGUUUGAUACAGAUGUCUAUGUGAAGUCACGUCGAGGGACUGCAACUGAGAGCCAAGGGAAUUCCUCAAAGGAGUAUCUACAUCGUAGCAGCAAGGAUCCAAAGAAUAAAUUAUCUUCAAAGUCGAGUGAUUCCAAUAAAUACAGUCAAAGCACAAGCAUCCCUUCAAAUAGUUAUGAUGAUGAUUUUGAUGAUUUCGAUCCCAGGGGAACAUCCAGUUCUAAGCCAGUGGCUGGAAGUUCUAAUCAAGUGGAUCUGUUUGGACAAAGUUUGAUUGACAACCUCUUCGAUGGCCCAGCAACUGUCCCUACGGAUAAGUCUUAUGUGAAUACUGAUUCAGCAGAAGUUGAUCUAUUUGCUGAUGCAACGUUUGUGUCAGCACCAACCAAAGCAACAAACGAAGCAAGUCCUCAGGCACAGGUACAGGUUGAUCUAUUUGCUUCCCAGCCUGCCAUCACUCAUGCAGACUCUCCGACUGUUGACCUCUUUGCUGCCACUGAUCCAGUUGUGCAACCGGACACCAUGGCACCAGAGUCUGAGCCAGCAAAUGCUAACAUUGUUGAUCCAUUUGCUGCUGUUCCGCUGAACAAUUUUGAUGGAUCUGACAUUUUUGGUUCAUUCACUUCUCAUUCUGAUUCAGCUUCAAAAGAACCAACACAGAAUCUCAUUAAUGAUGGAAACCUUAACAGCAUGGGCACAAAAUCAUCACAAGACUCUAAAGCUCCUCAAAAGAAGGAUACUUUUCAGGUUAAGUCUGGAAUUUGGGCUGAUUCACUGAGCCGUGGAAUAAUUGAUCUUAAUAUAUCUGCUCCCAAGAAGGUUUCACUGGCAAAUGUUGGCAUCGUUGGUGGAUUGAGUGAUGUAGAUGAAAGAGAGAAGGGACCUCAAACUUCAUUUUAUAUGGGGAGAGCAAUGGGCAGCGGGUUAGGUAUCGUUAAAACUGGCUUCACAUCUUCACAAGCAACUGCCGAGGAUGAUCUAUUCUCAUGCCUUGGCAACCAACAGUAUCAAUUCGGUAACUUCAAGAAGUAAUUUUGUUCAUUUUCCCUCAGCAUUCAUUUCCCCAUUUGGAAAAAAAUUUUAUCCAACUUGUUUCACAUAUUGGUGUGCUAGCCUUGAUCAUAAAUUCAGAUUUAUAUGAAUCAAUCAUGAGGGGAUAUACAUCCAGGGUACUCUCCACAAAGUCUGGGAAGUCUUUUUCCAUUGGAACUGUUGCUUGUAUGUUGGUAUUGAGUUUUGAUUCAAGUAAGUUAGCAGGCAUAAUUUCUUGUUCACAUGUUUGUUCUCAUCUCCUAAAGUCAUAUUUGGUGCAUAAAAUGAUGGAUAAGAUAGUAUGAUAAUCAUUUUAUAUUAUGUUUGGUUUGUAUCUAAUUGAAGGGGAUAAGAUUAUAAGAAAGAUUAUCAUCAUCUUGAUAUAAGAUGAUUCAAUCCUUUCAAAGUGGAGAGGAUUAUUUUUAAUCAAAGGGA